AUGGACGGCCACGGUCUACGACGAAGAGCGGUCGACUUGCUCAUUGAUGACCUGGGACGAGUUUGUUACGACCUGCGCCGCUACCUUGACGAAGGAGAAACCCCGAUCAGAAAAGUCAAACCGCCUGAUGUUAAAGCGGCCCGAGACCUAUUCGAACAGAUCAUUACUCGGAUCGGCCAUGUGUCAACCAAGCUGGCUGAUGAGCAGUUCCUGUCCUCGGGCAUCCUUCCAGAGCCAUUGGCCAAUGGUCCUCACACUCCCAUAUCCAACGUCGACGUCUCAACCAUAGUCCAUCAUCAGCAACAGUUUGUUCCCACCGAGAGUGUUGAACCAAAUCAACCGCCUCAACAAGUGCAGUUAGAGCGAGAACCAGUACAACAACAAGUCCAGCCACAGCCCGAACAAUCAGCACAACAACGAGAGCAGCCACAAGCUCAGCAGGAAGUCCACCUACAACCCAAGCUACUGCCCCAGCAACAUGGUCAGCAACACGACGUCUGGCAGCAUUACCAACAACAUGCCCAACAAAGCCAGUUACAAGGUCAGCAACGAGACCAGCUACAGAGUCGGCAUGAAGUCCAGCUACUACCCAAGCUACAGCCCAGACAACGUGAUCACGCAACAAAUCGAACAGCGGCCUGUACAAGUUCACAGCUACUACCCAAGCUACAGCCCCAGCAACGUGAUCAGCAACAAAUCGAACAGGCGGCCCUGUUACAAGUUCAGCAAGAAAACCAGCUACAACCACAACAACCAGUUCAACAACAGGUGCAGCUCCUCCUCCAACAGCGAGACCAGCAUCAGGGUCAGCAAGAAGUCCAGCUACAACCCCAACAACCAUUACAGCAAUACAACCAGCUUCCAGACGAUCUAGAAGACUGGUUGCAAGGCCGACAAGAACCGCAACAAGCAGUAUCACAACAAGAGCAGCUAGAUGGUCAACGGCGAAUCCUGCCACAAAACCAGCAACAAGGUCAGCAACAAGAUCAGCAACAAGAUCAGCAACGAGCCCAGCUACAGAGCCAAGAGAAAGCACAUCUACAGCACCAACAACGAGACCAGCAGCAUGGGAAGCAAAUUCAACAAGACCAACAAAACCAGUUUCAAUACCAGCAACAAGAGAACCAGCACACAGAAGCUGUCCUUGAAGCUGCCCCAGAAUGUGCUCCAGAAGCCGUCCAGGAAGCUGUCCCAGAAACAGUCCCGGAAACAGUCGCGGAUGCUGGAGCUGGUGCAGUAGAUAGAGAAGCAAGCUCACAGCCUGAACCGCCAGCACAGGACGAGAUACACGUCGUUGGGCCGGGCCCUCGAGCCGCUUCACCGACCCCCACUAUACACAAUAUCCCUACGAACUCGUCAACAAGUUGCGAUACUGAUCAUAAUGUUGAAGUACGGCCCGAAGACCCAGCUCAGCUUCCGCCUCCCAAGCUGCUUCCCCUUCCCAAGGACAGCGCGCCUCUCUUCGACUGCACCUACCAGGACGUCCAUGUCCUCAACGAGGAGCUGUUUGAGCAAUGCUCGCUUCAUCCUGAUGUGCAGGACAGAGGCUAUUUCAAACUUCAGGUCAGGGAUCUUCCGCCUCUUCAAGUUGGUAAAAUGGCCAAACCAGAUCAGACCCAUGCGACCUCCUUUGUCUAUAAGAAAGACAAUGUAGGCCUCGUCAAGGUUGAUACUGGAAAAAGGCCAAGAAUGAAAUGGCCCGAAUUUCCUCUCACACCGACCGAGAAGCAGAAUUGGUCGCUAAGAGAGCAGAAGCAUCUCUGGAACUCCACGGCCGCACACCCGCCGAGUGGAGCCCAACCGUACAUUAUCGGCAACCCGCUAUUCGAUGAUGUCGAGCUAUCACCGGGAGAUAAGCUGAGACGCAGAGGCCAGACAGUCCUGGAAGGCAUAAAUACGCAGUAUAUGUACUUCAACCUCAAAGCCAAGACAAUCACGGUCAUGCAUCGAGAGGAUGCCCACGUUCGGUCAGAGAAUUUGUUACGAGACGGUGAAAACAAGUUUUGGUGCUUUGUCAAGCCGAGCUCCGCUGCGAAGCUGGAGGAACGCAUGCGCCACGACUUCCCUGAAAUGCGCAGCUGUUCCCAAGCCGUCCGUCACCUAAGCCGCCAUAUCCCCCCUGCCAAGUUGGACGAGUGGGGGGUUGAGUAUACACUUGACUAUUGCGUCCCUGGCCAGGCCGUGGUCACAGAGCCGGGUACAUACCAUCAAGUUCUCAAUCUUGGCCCAAAUUAUGCGAUAGCGAUCAAUGUCGAAUAUGAAUCAUCACCCGACGAUCCGCCUAAUUAUACAUACUGCGAUGAAGCCUGCCCCGACCAGUGUGCAAUUUCCGCCGAAGACUUUCGCAUUAAUCCAAAUGCGACGGCCAUGGACAGACUGGCACUCCCAGCCAAGACGAAGCCAAUGGCAAUGAUGGCACAGCCUAAGAAAUCGGGGGCCGUCUCUCCGGGGCGUCAUUUGUUGACUAACAGCAUACCAACGGACUCUGCACCGGCAUCCGAUCAGCAACGUGAAGAACAACACCCAGGCUCGGGACCUUUGCAGCAACAACUCGAAGACGCCGAAAAUUAUCACUAUCGACAGCCGGAGUCAGCAGUACCACCUUCAAUACCAAGCACAGUUUCGAACAUAUCGGAAGUCAAUCUGUCUGUCAUUGAUUCGGGACGAGUUGAAGGUGGUCCGAUGCAGGUCGUUUCCGAACCACAGCAGGUUAUCACACAGUCAGAGGCACCUCCAGAAGUACAACAGGCAGUCGUGGAAGUACGGCACGUUGCUCAAAAACCAGAGGCACCCGUUGAAGUCCACCAGGCAACUCCAGAGCAAGAGAAGAUUGCUCUUCUACCAGCGCAACCUCCUUCACAACCGGUUAUGGUUGAACAACAAGAAGAACAAACCGCCAUGAUCAGCCAGGAGCUACAUAUCUUCCUCCGUCGAUUUUUUAAGAUGAAGCUCUCGGAGGGUGUUCAUAGCACAGCUCAGGUCAACGGUCUGAAGGACGUCUCUGAUCGCCCGGUAUCAUCUCAUAUCGAUUGGGGCGAGCUUUCCCGCAAACUCAACUGGGACGUAGCUGGUAGGAACCAGCUUAACGACUACGUCCGCGAAGGAAAGUGUUGGCGAACCAUUUGUGGGGAGUAUGAUGGGCUCCUGUGCCUCUUGCCCUCAGAUGAUAGGUUCUUGGAGCUGUCGAUGUUCAAGGAACAGCUUGCUCAUUUCCAUGCUCAGCUGAGCACCAAUGCUGUCCGAAGGAUGUGUGCCAUGGGUCAAAUCCUGGAGAAGUCCAUCUGGGAGUAUUUGGAACUGCCAGAGUUCGCCUGGGAAUCUGUGGAUACAUCAGAGCUGUCUCUUGAUGAUAUUUCCCCGCUUCUUUCGCAGUUCAAGCUCAUCAAGACGAAUCAAUAUAACCGUCUUAAGUACAAGUGGGAGUUACAGCCACAGCCACUAGGUUGGACUGACCCGUGGCCAUCGGAUCCCAUGUCUGUACUGAGGUCAGACAAGAAAGUAUGCAGCCUCUGCAACAGCAGCAAGCGGAUGACAACAGAGAAGUCAUCCUGCAAGUGUCUGGUAAAGAGGCUCCCACAAAUCCCGCGCAUAACGGAAGACGGAUCCAGAGGUCCAGGUGUACGUGCGGUUGGCUCCUUUAAGGCGGGUGAGUUUCUCGGCGAACUCGUCGGCGAGUUGCGACCACCGCAAAGAUCAGGCGCUCCUGACAGCUCCAAUCGUUAUCACUCAAACAUCCCCAACGGCCAUACUCCGUUGGACAAUCACGACAGCAAGAGACACAAUUACGAGUGGACGAUGGAGGUCCGCCGCCCUGAUAUUAACGAUCAAGUGGUGGCAGAGAUAUACCCGCAGCAGAUGGGGAACUGGGUUCGCAAGGUUCGUCACGAUGGCGUCAACCCGUCGGCGAUAUACAAUGUGAUGAAGAUCACCGGGAAAUGGAGGGUGAUGCUAGUGGCGCUGAGAGACAUACGCGACGGUGAGGAAAUCACAGCAAAGUAUGGGCGAGGAUACCGGAAGGAACAACCCUACGAGGUUGUUGAGGGUUUGCAUUGA